AUGGUUGCAAAUGAAGAUGCUGCGCAGGAAUUUGAACCAAAGAAGAAGCCACUUUCAGAGGAUGAGAAGAGGAAGAAGAAAAUUGAACCUGGGAGUUUGAUGAAAGCUUUGAUUAGGCCCGGUGGGGGUGAUGCUGGACCUUCAGAUGGAGACCAGAUUAUCUAUCACUGCACCGUUCGAACUUUGGAUGGAGUACUCGUGGAAUCUAGCAGAUCUGAUUAUGGAGGUGAGUUUAAGAUGAAACCUCAGUUGCAUUAUGGUGAGGACGAUUGUCCUAUUUCUGCUCCUGAUGGUUUUCCUAAAGAGGAUGAACUUCAUUUUGAAAUUGAGCUGAUAGAAUUUUUCAAAGCCAAGGCAAGGAUGAUUUCAGCAAAGACAGUUUCUGGGAAAUUGAUCAUGUCACAUUCAGAAGGAGAACCAUACUUGUUUACAUUUGGAAAAUCAGAGCUACCUAAAGGCCUUGAAAUGGCAAUAGGAACAAUGGUUCGGGAGGAGAAGGCUGUUAUAUAUGUUACUGCUCAGUAUUUAACUGAGUCUCCUCUGAUGCCUGUAAUAGAAGAUUAUGAUGAAGUUCAUUUUGAAGUGGAGCUAGUUCACUUUAUUCAGGUGAGGGACAUGCUUGGAGAUGGGCGCCUAAUAAAACGCCGAAUUCAGGAUGGCAAAGGUGAUUUUCCUAUGGAUUGUCCCCUUCAUGACAGUCUACUUCGUGUUCAUUACAAGGGUACUGUUCUCAACGAAGAAAAGAAGGUAUUCUAUGAUACAAGGGUAGACAAUGAUGGUCAGCCAUUGGAGUUCAGUUCUGGAGAAGGGCUUGUACCAGAGGGAUUUGAAAUGAGUGUUCGUCUAAUGCUUCCUGGAGAGAUAGCUCUUGUCACAUGCCCUCCUGACUAUGCCUAUGAUAAGUUUCCAAGACCUUCAAAUGUUCCUGAGGGUGCACAUAUUCAAUGGGAAAUUGAGCUUCUAGGUUUUGAAACGCCAAAGGACUGGACAGGAUUGGACUUUAAAACUAUAAUGAAUGAAGCUGAAAACAUCAGAAACACGGGUAACAGGCUGUUCAAAGAAGGGAAAUAUGAACUUGCCAAGGCAAAGUAUGAAAAGUUGCUUCGAGAGUUUAAUCAUAUUAAUCCUCAAGAUGAUGAAGAAGGAAAGGUUUUUGCAGACACACGAAAUUUGCUACAUCUGAAUGUUGCUGCAUGCCAUCUAAAAUUGGGAGAAUGCAAAAAGUCCAUUGAGACUUGCAAUAAGGUUUUGGAAGCAAAUCCUGCACAUGUCAAGGGCCUUUAUCGACGUGGAAUGGCUUACAUGACAGCUGGAGAUUUUGAAGAAGCAAGAGCUGAUUUCAAAAUGAUGAUGAAAGUUGACAAGUCAACUGAAUCAGAUGCAACUGCAGCUCUUCAAAAACUGAAGCAGAAGGAACAGGAAGUUGAUAAGAAAGCUAGGAAACAAUUUAAAGGGCUAUUUGACAAGAAGCCUGGAGACAUUGCAGAAGCUAAAGCGGAUGUUGAUGGAGAUCAAAUAACAAGUGAGAGCCAGAAGGAUGAUGAAGUACAUGGAGACUCUGAUGGAACAAAUUCAGAGGAUUCACAUGAAACCCCGCCUGAGACACCUCGAACUAGUUGGUUCUCUCUCUUUUGGCCUUCUGGUAGAAGUCUUUUUGAAUCUCUUGGGCUUAAUAGGUGUACCAUACUUUAA